AUGGAGUCUACAGUUUGGACACAUCUGUGCAAGGGAACCGUUUCACAAGAACUAAAAAUCAAGUACAAAGAUCAAAUGACCUACGUUGGAAUACCGUUUAAAAUGAUGAAUCUUGCCAAUGACAGAACCUCAAUUUUGGUGUCUUUCUAUCAGCCGGAUAUAAUGAAUUGUACCGUUUUGUCUAUAGAUAAUAAUUUUACGAUGCAUUGCGACCACAAUCUUAUUAUUCAUGAAAAAGGAUCUAUGGUCUACUGUUUUAACUUUCACCUACAAUAUCUGACUGAUUUGAUGCACUUAUGCUUCGAUCAAGAGGAUAAUUUGGCAAAAAUACCAUAUCGCAUAACAUUUGCGGCAAUACAUUAUGGUCGAAUACCACCACUUCGAUCUGUUCAAAUUCGUUUAAAUUGGAAAAAUAAAUGGAUUUUGUUGUUAAUCUGUGCUGUAUUGGCGCAGGCGAUGUAA